AUGUGGGUGCAAUGGAUACAUGUGUACUACAAGAAACAGAAUUCACUGUGGAGCAUUGAGCCAAAGCAAGCUUCUUGGAUGGUACAGAAGAUUCUGAAAGCCAAACAAUAUUUUGAGGAAGUUGGUUAUACAGAGGAGGAUGUAGAGGGAAUAAGAAGCUUCUCCAUUAAGACUAUGUAUGUGAAGAUUCGAGGUGAAUUUGCUAGAGUGCCAUGGAGGAAACUGGUGUACAACAAUGCUGGAUUGCCAAAAUGGAUCUUUACAGUAUUCCUAGCUGCACAUCGAAGGCUACUGACUAAAGACAGAUUGAGGGGAUGGGGUUAUGUGGAAGAUGCAACCUGUUCAUUAUGUAACAAUGAGGAGGAAACCACUGAUCACUUGUUCUUUAGCUGUCCUUAUUCUUCAAGAGUAUGGAUAGCAAUGCUGCGAUGGCAAGGGAUUCAUAGGCAAGCAAUGACAUGGACUAAUGAAAUUGAGUGGGCAGAAAGAUAUUAUAAGGAUAGGAGCACAACAGCUGAGCUGUAUAAACUCAUUCUGGCAGAUAGUCUGUACUAUAUAUGGCAAGAGAGGAAUGGCAGAAUUUUCAAAGGUGAACAACGAUCAGAAGCAGUGCUAAGCAAAGUAAUAACACAAGAUGUGCAUGGUCGAGGAGCUAGUAAACAGCGACUACAACGAAGAUUGAUAGAACUUAACUACUAUCCUAAUGUAUAG